UCCCACGUUGGCUCAAAGGAGCAACAACACACACCGACAACGUAUCCGUAGGUGGCGCUAUAAGCCUAUUUUUUUGCGUGUUUCUUGCUGGUAUCACAAUUUCGCUGUAACAUAAUUCUGAUUAGAUAUAUUCUAAUCAGGUAUCAAUUACGUAACUGGAAAACACAUUACGUUAUAAAAUGCAAAGAAGGUUACAAAGCAGGAGUGAUAAAAUCGGUCUUUCCUAGCAGCCUCACAAGACCGCGCCGAGUGCGCGAAAGUAUCAUUGCUUCAUUCUCACGUCUUGUCAAGCUCAGCUUUUCAACUUGGCAGAACGGUGACAGCCUAAUGUAACCAAGCGUGAAGCGAUGUAAAGGGUCAUCAGUGAAAGAACCGAGGGAGAGAUGUUCAUCUGGAAAAGCCCACCCGACAACCUCCUCCAACACAUUUCUGCGUAGCCAUGUGACAAGGUCCGUCCACAGAACGAACCAGCCGCAGUGAAGGACACGAUGCCAAAUCUACGCUACUUCCAGUGCCCCAGAUGCCAACACAGGGCAUUUACUUUGAACUCACUGCUGCGUCACCUAUCCUCAUCUCAUGGCUGUGAGAGGAAUUGGGCUUGUGAUCUGGGAAAAUGUGCCAGAACCUAUACAUCGUUGUCUCGUUUCCGAGAGCACCUACUCAAAACGCACAGUAGUGACCAACCUCAGUGCGUCGAUUCUUCUAGUGUGCAACCUGAUACCAACGUUGAGCAUGUGGACAACAUGGAGAGCAGUGAUGAUGAUAAUGCAGAAGCUAUCCCUCAAUCGGCUCAACAAAAUGCUUCAGCUGAUCUACCAUCCACAAGUACUGCAAGCACAAGUACUUUGCGGCCAACCACUGAACGACAAAAUCCUGUGAAAGAAUUCGCAAUGCUCCUAUUGAAAUGGAAAGAAGCAAAGAAGCUACCAGAGUCAACGCUUAACGAGAUUGCAAACGACAUGUUCAAUUUUUUCAAUGAUUGUGGGCCACAGCUUUUUUCUGCACAAGGUAGUGAUGUGGAACCAUCUGUGAAUAGUGAAAUGGGGCAACUUUUGACAAAAAAAGGUCGUGAACGCUUUUGGACUGGUGCCCUUCCAUAUGUUGAGCCAGUCACAGUGACCUUAAAUGAAGCUGGCGAAGCACGAGUAAGCUUCCAGUACGUGCCCAUCUUGGAGGUGUUGAGACACUACGUCGAAUGGCUUGACAAUUCAUUCACCAGUGACCCAUGCAGGUUUGCUGACACCUUAAGCUCAGUGUUUGAUGCAUCAGCCUUUGCAAGCCAUGAGUAUUUCUGUGGGGAUCGGGAAAAGUUGUGCAUCCAGCUUUACACCGAUGAAUUUGAGGUGUGCAAUCCCAUCGGUGCACAAAGACAAAAACACAAGCUCAUGGCUGUGUACUAUACUUUGCUAAAUGUACCAUCACGCUUGAGAGCACAACUUUCACACAUCCAUUUGGCUCUCUUAUGUAAAGAAAAGCACAUUCAAAAGUACGGGUUUGACAGAGUACUGGAACGGCUGCACCAGGAUAUUGCCCACCUGGAAACUGAAGGUAUCACGGUUCACAACAAAAUGAUUACUGGAAGCGUAUUCUGCCUCUCAGGUGACAAUCUCUCAAGCCAUCGGAUUGGUGGGUUCAAGGCAAGCUUUAACCACGGACACAUUUGUCGAUUUUGCAUGGCUCUACAUCAUGAAAUUCGAACAAAACACAAAGAACAGGACUUCGUGUUGCGCACUCCAGCACUCCACAAGUUCCACUUGGACAUGCUUCGUGGGGGUGUUGCAACGUUGCCUCUUUAUGGCCUUAAAGCACCAUCUGCAGUUCACACAAAGGGAUUUCAUCCCACUGAACACUUGCCACCUGACGUAAUGCAUGACUUGCACGAAGGUGUCAUACCGUUUGUGUUGCGCCACUUUAUAAGAUACUUCAUCUCCCAGAGACUGUUCAGCCUUGAUGUACUGAAUGAGCGCAUCUUAAAUUUUGCUUAUGACCAGUGUGACAAGAAAAACAAACCUGAGCCAAUCUCCCAGCACUUUUUGUCUAGUGGAGGAUGUUUAACCACCGUUGGAUACGAUAGCCACUUGCAUGUCUAUGUGGUAACCACCAGUCAGGAAACGACUGUUGUGGAAAAUUGGAACAGCGUUUCACCUGACGUGCUGAACCUGCACAAACUCCCUGAUGGCAGGCAGACCACAGACAUUACCAGUACAGUACAGUACUACAUUACAGUACCAGACAUUCACCCUUCAAGGCACGUACGCUAUGUAUAUUGUGUCUAUACUAACGGCAAGGCCGAGGGGCUUAAGGCGUCCCGCUUGUUGGUGGUAGCCAAGGUCGUGCUGAAGACCGGAAGGUGGUGGGUUCGAAUCCUACCACCGGCUGUGCUGUCUGAGGCUUCCCCUACGUUUUUCAAAGACUUUCCAGAUGAAUGUCAGCACAGUUCCUCCUGA